UCAAACCAAGUUUUCCGUCUUUUUCUUGAUGUCUGGUUUUGAACUAUCUGGUUGAUGAACAACGUUGAAAUUCGGCGUUACGAAGGCGCUUGAUUAGGCUUGGUUCAAUCAAAUUGAACUGAUAUCCGUUCACUUUGGAAGUAACCAGCAGUUUGUAUCCGCUGGAAAUAUCUUUGUUCCUGCACUUCCACAUCCAGUUGUGACCAAAUAGUAGCUUCUCGAUAAAGCGUUGUCCCUUCCCUUGGAAACCAUGAGCUGCAUUAAACAAGAACCUGGAAGUGUUUCCCCUCAGUGCCCGAAACCUGAUGAGUCUGAGGAACCACUGGGAACAGCAAUGGAGACUGGAGCUGCAAUUGAUACCAGUGUGAAAAGUGAGAAUAUACCAUCUGAACUAAUUGUCACCAAAGAAAUGGAGGAAGAGGAGAAACUUCUGAGGGAAGAAGGUGAAAAGAAAGAGAAGGAAAUGAUGAACAAGGCUCGGCAGUCUUUGGAGAGAGACGGUCACGAAAUGCGCUUCAAAAGACUGCAACAUUUGCUCCAGAAGAGCAACAUCUACUCUAAAUUUCUGCUGACUAAAAUGGAGCAACAACAGAAUGAGGAGAAAAUCAGGAAGGAAAAGAUGGAAAAGAAAAAUGUAAACGGCACUGAGCCAGGAAAAGAUCAAAAGAAGAGACGAAGGGCGGAUGACUACAAAAUUGCUGAUGUCAUGUCUAAAAAAGAAAUCAUGUCACAGGCAAAGAGGGUUAAAGUGGAGGAAGCGGAAGCAGCCCCUGCCCACAAGAAGCUGGACGCCAGCGAUCUGGAGAACAUGAGCGAUAGCAACCAAGACAUCAAGAAUCGUUUGGCGGAGACGGUGCGAGAUAAUGCCAAACAUCUCCUGGACCCUGACAGGACGGUAAAAGGAGAGCCGGUGCCUGCUCAACAGCCGCAGCUCUUCACCGGCGGGGUCAUGAGGUGGUACCAGAUCGAGGGCAUCGAGUGGCUUCGAAUGUUGUGGGAGAACGGCAUCAAUGGGAUCCUUGCCGACGAGAUGGGGCUGGGAAAGACAAUCCAGUGUAUUGCACACAUCGCCAUGAUGAUUGAAAAGAAAGUCUUUGGGCCAUUCUUGGUGGUGGCGCCACUUUCCACUCUGCCCAACUGGAUCAAUGAGUUCAAGCGCUUCACGCCAGAGGUGUCUGUCCUGCUUUAUCAUGGCCCCCAAUCCGAGAGGGGCAAACUGCUGAAGCACAUGCGCAAACCCCAGGGCCCUCUCAGUAUGUAUCCUGUCGUCAUUACCUCCUUUGAGAUUGCCAUGAUUGACCGAAAGUACCUUCAGCGAUGUCAGUGGAAGUACCUGAUUGUCGAUGAAGGCCACAGAAUCAAAAACCUCAAUUGUCGACUAGUGCAGGAGUUGAAGAUGCUACCCACAGACAACAAGCUGCUGCUUACCGGGACUCCGCUCCAGAACAACUUGGCUGAGCUCUGGUCCCUUCUCAAUUUUCUCUUGCCUGAGGUUUUUGAUGACCUCAAGAGCUUUGAGUCUUGGUUCGACAUUGACACACUCGGCGAGGCUGAAAGUGUGGUGGCUGCUGAGCGCGAGCAGAACAUCCUAAGCAUGUUGCACCAGAUUCUGACUCCGUUCCUGCUGAGGAGACUUAAGACGGAUGUAACGCUGGAGAUUCCUCCAAAGAAAGAGAUCAUUGUUUACGCCCCUCUGACGGCCAAACAGGAAACCUUCUACACUGCUGUGGUGAACAAGACCAUUGCAAAAAUGCUUGGUCAGCACAAGACCGAAGGACCGGCAGCUUUGACGCCGGACGGCAGACCAAAGCGACGCUGUCGAAAGCAGGUCGACUACAGCGAAGCAAAGGAUGAGACGGGCUUAGAGAAAUAUCUGGAAAAGCUUCAGCAGGAGCGGGAGCAGAGCUCUUCUGCUGCCGUGCUAGACAUCCAAUGCCCUCUGGAUGCUCAGAUCAACUUAAAGAUGCAGAAUAUUCUCAUGCUGCUAAAACGAUGCUGUAACCAUCCUUACCUGGUAGAAUAUCCCCUGGAUCCAGCCACUCAACAAUUCAAGAUUGACGAGGAGCUGGUUCAGUCUUCUGGGAAAUUUCUCAUACUUGACCGACUUCUGCCUGCGCUCAAGAAAAGAGGACAUAAGGUGCUCAUCUUCAGUCAGAUGACUUCCAUCUUGGACAUUCUAAUGGAUUAUUGCUACCUACGUGGCUUCCAGUACAGCAGAUUGGAUGGCAGCAUGUCCUACGCCGAUAGGGAAGACAAUAUGGCCAAAUUCUCCAAAGACCCAGAGGUUUUCAUUUUCCUGCUCAGCACCAGAGCUGGUGGGCUUGGGAUCAACCUGACGGCUGCUGACACUGUUGUUAUUUUUGACAGUGACUGGAACCCCCAGGCAGACCUCCAGGCUCAGGACCGCUGUCAUCGCAUUGGGCAAACCAAACCAGUGGUGGUAUAUCGUCUGGUCACAGCUAACACCGUCGACCAAAAGAUUCUGGAGAGAGCCUCGGCAAAGAGGAAGCUGGAACAGAUGGUCAUCCACAAGAAUAAAUUCAAAGGUGGCAGGGCAGAGUUGAACCAAGCUAAAAGCUGCAUUGAUCUGGAUGAGCUGAGGGAGCUGCUCCAAGCCAGAAACACUGAGAAGGAAGUGAAAUCAUCGAGCGGGCAGGUGAUAAGCGAUAAAGACCUGGAGUCUUUAUUGGACCGUAGUGACUUGCUGGAUAAAGACAAAAAGGCAAUGAGGAAGGAGAAGGUUGGUGUCUUCAGAGUUAUGGAGGCCCCGGAAUCAUCAGACAUGGCCCUGAUUUAAAAAGAUCUGAAGAGUUGACUUUGAUAACAAACCUUCCCUCAG